UUGUUCCUUUGUUCGCUAAUAUGGUUACACGCACAUAACAUGCGACGCGCGUUUAACUAGACCAGAUGCUCACAAGAUGCUUGUGUUAACAACCGGUCGUCCACAUCUUGCCACCGGUGCCGCUAACGAUGGAGUGGUUCACGAACGCAGGCUCCGCGCCAGCCCCAUCCGCGGCGAGGCCGCACGUCGUGCUGCUGGCCAGCCCCGGCGCCGGCCACCUCUUACCGCUGGCCGAGCUUGCGCGGCUGCUCGUGGAGCACCACGGCUUCGCGGCCACGAUCGUCACCUUCAGCGGCCUCUCCGACACAGAAGCCCUCCCCAGCGGCCUCCCUGCCUCCGUCUCCACCGUCGCGCUCCCGGCCGUCAAGAUCGACGACCUCCCCGACGACGCCCUCCGCGGCAGCGUGCUCGUGGAGCUUAUUCGACGGUCCCUCCCCAGCCUCGGCACCCUGCUCCGCUCCAUCGGCACCACCACUCCGCUGGCCGCGCUGGUGCCGGACUUAUUCUGCUCCGCGGCGCUGCCCCUCGCCGCCGAGCUCGGCGUCCCGUGCUACGUCUUCGUCCCCAGCAGCCUCACCAUGAUCUACCUGAUGCGCCGCGUCGUGGAGCUCCACGACGACGCGGCCCCCGGCGAGUACCGCGACCUCUCGGAGCCUCUCGAGAUCCCCGGGGGCUUGUCGCUGCGCCGCGCAGACCUUCCGGUCCCGUAUCGCGACUGUAACGGGCUGGCUUACGCGCAACUGCUCCGGGGAGGCCGGCGAUACCGCCGUGCCGACGGUUUGUUGACGAACACCUUCUACGAGAUGGAACCUGCCAUGGUGGAAGAGUUCAGGCAGGCGGCGGAGCAAGGCACGUUCCCGCCGGCGUUCCCCGUGGGGCCGUUCGUCUGGUCAAACUCCGACGACGAAGCUGGCGCGUCGGCCAUCCUAGAGUGGCUGGACCGCCAGCCGGCAAGGUCGGUGGUGUACGUCGCGUUCGGAAGUGGCGGAGCGCUGUCUGUGGAGCAGACGACCGAGCUCGCCGCCGGGCUAGAGGCGAGCAGCCAGAGGUUCCUCUGGGUGGUGCGGAUGCCGAGCCUGGACGGCCGCACGUGUGCCUUCGGGAUCGGCGACGACGACAACCCAUUGGCGUGGCUUCCCGAGGGCUUCCUGGAGAGGACCAGGGACAGGGGCCUCGCCGUGCCGGCCUGGGCGCCGCAGGUGCGCGUCCUGUCCCACCCGGCGACGGCGAUCUUCGUGUCGCACUGCGGGUGGAACUCGGCGCUGGAGAGCGCGGCGUCCGGCGUGCCGACGGUGGCGUGGCCGCUUUACGCGGAGCAGAGGAUGAACGCCGCUCUGCUGGAAGGGACCCUCGGGGUGGCGCUGCGACCGAGAGCGCGAGAGGACGGCGGCGUCGUGGCGCGUGAGGAAGUCGUGGCGCGCGAGGAAGUCGCGGCCGCCGUGAACGAGCUCAUGGAGGGGGAGAAUGGGCGCGCCGUGCGGCGCCGGGCCGAGGACCUGCAGCGAGCGGUGGCACGCGCGUGGUCGACGGAUGGUUCGUCGCGCCGGGCGCUGGAGGAUGUCGCCGCCAAGUGGAAGGCGGCGCUUGGCGGGGGCACGUGAGGCACGUACGCUCGUGACUGCACCAACUGCAAAUGGGACCCCCCUGCCAGUUCAAUUCGAAUUUUAUUAGUAACCAGUAAUAAUCCUGAUAA